AUGAGAAAUGAGAUCACCACCUUUGUGCAGCAAGAAACCGAAUCCUUAUAUGAGGCAUGGGAAAGAUAUAAGGAGCUAAUGAGGAAAUGUCCACAUCAUGCUCUACCUGAAUGGUUGCAAGUGCAGAUUUUCUAUAAUGGUCUUUCACCCUCUUUUAAGGCAAUUUUGGAUGCAGCAAGUGGAGGAUCAUUUAAUCUGAAAACACCAGAGGAAGCUUUGGAGACUCUUGAAUUAAUGGCAAACAACACAGUGAAUAUGCAGUUUGAUCGUCAGAAUAGAAAAGCUGGAGUGUUGGAGGUUAAUACUUUGGAUGCUAUCUUAGCCCAAAACAAGUUGUUAACACAGCAGAUGAAUGAUUUGACUCAGAAGCUGGGAAAUAUGCAAGCAAAUAAUGUGAAUACAAGAUCUCCAGGGUGUGAUUUUUGCGAAGGAAUGCAUCAAAAUGGUGAAUGUCAGGCCACUCACCAAGAGGUACAAGUAAAUGCAGUGGGACAACAACAAAAUCAAUUUUCUACCAACUUUAAUGCAAAUUGGAGACCCCAACAAACGAGACCUUGGAGUAAUCCAAUCCAAUCUAACCCGCCAAGGCCUCCAUAUCAAUAUCAAGCUCAACCCAGCAAUCAAGGGAACAAGAUGUCUACGUUGGAAAAUGCAUUAAAGAAGUUAACAAUGCAAACUUCUACCUUUGUGGACCAGACUUCAAAUUUCAUGAAUGAGACAAGGACUAAUUUCAAGAACCAGGAAGCUUCAAUCAGAAAUUUGGAGAACCAGAUUGGACAGCUUUCAAGACAACUCUCAGAGAGAUCUCCUGGCACAUUCCCUAGUGACACAAUACCAAACCCAAGGGAACAAUGCAAGGCAAUUCAAUUGAGGAGUGGAAGAGUGUUAGAGAAUGAAAAAAGGAGUGAGAUGGAGAGAGAGAAAAAGAAAAGAGUUGAUGAAAUAGUAGAAGAGAGUGCUGAAAAAGAAAUUGAGAGAAAAUGUGAGGAGAAGGAAGAGGGAGAAAAAAAAUCGAGUGAGAAAAAGAUGCGUGAGUAUCAUUAG